CAGAGGCUCCUCCGUCCUUCUUUCAGGUCUGCUCAUGUCAGCCAUUACUGUCAUCGUCCUGGUCCUGUAUUUUGCCAUCGACACCUUUGUGAUGCAGAAGCGAGCCUGGCUGCCUGAGUGCACCCCCGUUUACGUCCAGUUCUUUGUCAAGUUCUUCAUCAUCGGUGUGACUGUCUUGGUGGUUGCCGUGCCAGAGGGGCUGCCACUGGCUGUCACCAUUUCACUGGCGUAUUCUGUCAAGAAAAUGAUGAAAGACAACAACCUGGUGCGUCACCUGGAUGCGUGCGAAACGAUGGGCAACGCCACCGCUAUCUGCUCUGACAAGACAGGCACGCUGACGACCAACCGCAUGACAGCGGUGCAGCUUUACGUGGGAGACAUGCACUACAAAGAAAUCCCAGAUCCCGGAGCCCUGCCUCCCAGGACAUUGGAGCUAAUGAUUAAUUCCAUCGCCAUCAACAGCGCCUACACCACCAAAAUCCUG